AAGGACUGAGCUUCUAGAGACAAGCGUCGUGCCCGUAUCCAUCUCGACAAUAAUAUACCUGGCCCAAGUACAGGUUACUUCACUACUCCUUUCGGCACGGCGAUACAAGAUCCAAUCUUAACCAUGGAAUCUCAAUCUUUGACCGGACGAACUGCGCUGAUUACCGGCGCCUCUAUGGGCAUUGGCCAGGCUAUUGCCAUAAAGCUUGCUAAGCAUGGCGUAAACGUCGCUCUCGUGUCCAGAAGCAAGGACAAACUCGAAGCUACCCGGGUCGCGAUCCUAGAAAAAGGGUACCAAGUUAAGAUUGGAGUGUACGCGGUGGACAUACAGAACCACAGCGAUGUCGACAAGGCAGUGGCGCAAGCAAUUUCGGACCUUGGACAGAUUGAUAUUCUCGUCAACAAUGCUGGUCUCGCUCUUGGGGCUCCUGCGAGGUUCUGGGAGCUUCCGAUAGAGCUUGUGCAGCAAAUGUCUGGCACCAACAUCAACGGUGUCAUGUUCACCACUCAUUCGGUAAUCAACCGCAGCAUGUGGCCUCGCAAGAAGGGUACCAUCAUCAAUGUUUCUUCUGUGACGGGUCUAGAAUGCCCCCCAUUUAAUGGUGAGGCUGUGUACCACGCAAGCAAGGCAUUUCUAGAGGGAUUUAGCAACAGCUUGCGAAUGGAGACUUCUGAGUCCGACAUUCGAGUUCUUACCCUGCGUCCUGGCUGUGUUGAUACACACUUCCACCUGCAACGCGUCCAGUACGACAAGGAGGCCAUGGAUGAGUUUUUUAAAGGAUACGAACCACUGAUCGCCGAGGACUUGGCCAACUCGGUUAUCUACAUGCUGAGGGCACCAGAAAGAAUCUCCAUCAAGGCUUUGGACUGUGUUCCUACAGCUCAGAGAGCGUUGACCCGCUUCGAUCGAGAAUGGAACUCCCGUCGGGAAAAUGAGUAGAAAUCCUCUUUGUCGUGUCGUGGAGCAGUAGAGAAAUAAAUGACAAAGCGUCGAUACUCGAG